CUCACGUCUGUGUUACCGCGCGAAUGAUUGACACUUGGCAGCUGUUUGCAUUAUAUUUUGUCAUAGUAUUUACACUUAUACAAGUUUACAUCAUGUGUCUUCCUUUUGUAGAGUUCAUCGAAGCAAUGAAGCGAGAAGCAGCUCCUGGGUACACAAUCGUGCAUAGCCUGGAUGACAUUGCACUCAAAAGAAGACCAGAUGACACAAUUGUCCUGGCGCUCUACAAGUCAGAGAGUCAUCCGGGUGCAUUCGCUUUUUUCCGUUCCGCUCAUGUGGUCUCAGCUACCGCCAAGCCAAUGGCUACCAAGUCCGUAUCCGUAAGACAGGCGUUUGGUCUGACCGAAAUGGACUUUGCGGCUCUUUUGCUGAGCCCAUCACGGCUCGCUGGAACAGCACAACCACCGGUUAUCAAUGUGACAAAGUUGUAUCUGAAUGACAGCCUUGAUGAACUUAAUCUGGCAAAGCAGUUGGCACACGAACAACUACCCGUGAUCGGUCUGUACAGUGGCACCACCAAUGCUCUGUAUGACAUGAACGAAGACCGAUUGUUAUGUGUUGUUCCGUAUCCGCUUAGUCUUUACAAGGAGGCCAACAAUGCGCUUCGGAAGCUCGCCACCGAUAUAUCCGACAACGUGAUCAAACCCUUUGGGGAUAAAAUUCACUGGGUUAUUGUGGACGAUUUGACACACUCGGGGUAUCUCUCCAAAUUUGCGGACCCAUUGGCGACUGAUGACAUGGUCGCAGGGUGCCGAUUUGGUAAUCACAAGUAUCAGAUGUAUGGGAACAGUCUGUCGAUGACGGAACUGCGAAUAUUCGCCGCACGAACGUUGAUAAAACUUGAACUGGACAAGACCGAUAAGGGAUCCUCGGGAAGAUGAUCAUGCGGUCGAUUAUUUUACUGUUAACCAAUGAACUUUCAAAAUUUUACCGUUCCUUAUUCUCCAUUGUUUGUUUCUGUACCGCAGUGUGAUUCACUCAAAAUUACCAGUAAAAUAACAUUUU